UGUGUUUGUGUGUGUGUGUGUUCAUAACUCAGCAAAAGAGGAAGAGAGACCAAAAGUUGCUGACAAACAUAUUAUAAUGAUACUUUGUGUUGUGGAGUUCAAAGCUUUUGGAUUAACAAAUCACUGGAUUGUACAGAACAGGAAAGAGCCUGGAGAUCAUGGAAUAUAUGAGUGCUGUGUCAGCACUGCCAAACCAGUCACAACACAGCAACUCCACCCAGGUCUCUGGGAGACCUACGGAGUACAGUGAUGCUGAGGUCGUGCUGCUGGGGGUUCUAAUGGCCAUUCUGGUCAUGGCCAUAGUUUUUGGUAACAUAUUGGUGAUUACAGCCAUCCUGCGGUUCCAGCGGCUUCAGACAGUCACCAACCUCUUCAUUGCCUCGCUGGCUGUUGCUGACCUCAUCAUGGGCGUAGCUGUGGUCCCCUUUGGCUGCAGCUACAUCCUGCUAGGAGCGUGGCAAUUUGGAAACUUCAUGUGCGAGUUCUGGACAGCAACUGACGUGCUGUGUGUGACGGCCAGUAUUGAAACACUGUGUGUGAUUGCUCUGGAUCGCUACCUUGCCAUCACCUCGCCACUCCGUUACCCAACUCUGCUCACCAGGGGUCGGGCCUUUGCGGCAAUCCUUGGGGUUUGGAUAGUGGCUUCCCUCAUCUCUUUCCUGCCCAUCCACCUGAAGGUGUGGGUGGCUGAUGAUGAAAAGGCUAAGAAGUGUUUGAGAGACAAGUACUGCUGCGAUUUUAACACCAAUGUACCAUACGCGGUGGUGUCCUCAAUUGUGUCAUUCUACCUGCCACUGGUGGUGAUGAUUUUCCUGUACACCCGGGUGUUCCAGGAGGCCCAGAAACAGCUGGAGAAGAUCAGAGGGAGAGAGAGACACUUCUAUAACGUGCAUGACACUGCACAGCUGGCUGAUGAUAGCCCUGCAAUGAAUAAACUCAGGGCAGGAACUAAGAUGGGAGAACAAGCGGGAGAGGACAGACUAAACAUGCAGAAAAUAGGAGGUAUACACACUGGAAAGCAGGAAAGCAAGCAAAAUGAAGGAGAUAACAGAACAAGGACAGAAAAACACUCAACCACAAAGCGCCUUAAGUUCUGCCUUAAGGAACACAAGGCUGUGAAAACUCUGGGGAUUAUCAUGGGAACCUUCACGCUGUGCUGGCUGCCCUUCUUCAUCCUCAACAUCCUCAUGGCCUUCCUCCAUCUGAAUGACAUUCAACUGGUCUUCAGACUCCUCAACUGGCUAGGAUACUCCAACUCAGCUUUCAACCCGCUCAUUUAUUGCCGCAGCCCCGACUUCAGGCAUGCUUUUCAGGAGAUACUCUGUUUCAGGGGCAAGAGGGGAAACAGGGGAAGGAGGAGAGGAUGGGGUUGGUUCAGAGAGAAGACUAGUUACUCAGAGCCCUCCAGUCGGACAAUAGAAAACACAGACCUGAAUUGUGUUAGAGGAUUGGAUGUUCAGCUGAGAUCAGGGUGGAAGGGCAGUUUGGAGAGCUCUAUUCGAGACAGCUCACUGACUCUGGAUCAUGCAACACCUUGCUCUGAGCAUGUUUUAGAGGUAGCUCCAGGCUCCCUGGCAAACUGGCAGACUAACAGUUCUGCUAAUGGGAGCCAUAAGGAAAAUCUGGCUUCUAUUGCUUGACCAAUUCAAUUAUUGUACUUUACAUUAUGUGUAUAAAGCUGUGCAGUAAACAGCACUUUGAUGAAGCUUGUAAUGUUUAUUUGUGGUUGGAGAAUUACUCAACCUUUUGCUCUUUUAUGAGGCUGUAACUUGUGGCAUUGUUAGCUAAUAUUCUGUUGCGUGUUUUUGAUGUUACUGGGUGUACUUGCAAUUACUGUUCCUCUUUGCUGCUGGAGUAUUGAUAAUUCCUGUUUUUGUUAUGUAGAUCACAAAUACCAAGGCAGCUACACAAGUGAAACUUUAAAAGAGGUCUGUCUUAUACCUCCAAGUGAAUUUUCAAGGCUUCACAAUGCACCUUUUUGAGGUAAAAAGAGGCCAAUUAG